GUUGUCAUUUAAUCCCAAAUUGUUAUAUAUUCGCUUAAAACGUCUCUUUGAUGGAUCUUUAAUAUUGUGCAAAAAGGUAGGAGUCCGUUUACCGUCUGCGCAUGCGCAGAGUCUGCAUCAACAUCUCAGCUUGUUUGUGUGUUGGCGAUGCAGCCUCUGUGGCUGGUGGAUUCCUCAUUGCCUGGGCGUGAGGAAAGCUAUCCUCGCCUUCCCCUCAGAGAGAGACUUCUAGAGGCAUUGAGCCUUGGUAAAUACCGCCCCUACUACAUUUCCCAUCAGCCCCUUAACCACAGUCAUGAAGAGGAGGAGCGACGCAUUGAGAAUGUCCUCAGGGCACGCUCCCCCUCCCUCCCUGGCUCUCUACACAGAGCGAGAGAUGAACAGACGGAGGGGGGAGGGAGUGAGAGUGAUAGCGACCUGCUGUUCUUCUCUUUUGCCUCAUCCUCCUCCUGCCUGCUUCUUUCCUCGUCAUCAGAAAGUGAAAGCGCUUCACAGAUCAGUCAGGGUCGCUCGCGCAAACGAAAGCGCAUACACACACUCUGUAGCAGGCAUGGCCUGAGCUCUCACAGCGCUAUGGGCAACCAGGAUGCAAAGCCGAAGCGCUCGGCCCCCGCGGGAGAUGGAGAGAGCGCAGCGGACGAGUGCAGCCAUGCUGACGCCACAAAGAAAGGAUUUAACACCAAGAAAUCUCACGGCAAGCAUGGCAAGGGUGGAGACGGAGGGAAGAAGAAAGGCAAGUCCGAGUCCAAAUCCGUCUUCAGCAUCCGAAAGAGGAAAAAUCUAGCCAAGGUUAAGGGCCUGCUUAGUGGCUCGCGUGAAGAUGCUCUGGAUUCGCAGCACGACGAGCUGGACACCAAAACACCCGAGCUGUCGGCUGAUGAGCUCGGCCAAUCUGACACAGAGGACCAGAGACCCGUUCUUUCCGACAAUAACAGCAGGCAGGAGACGCCGGACGCUCCAGAGAAGAAGGCCAGCUCCGGCUCGGACACGGAUAUUUACAGCUUCCACUCUGCAGCUGAACACGAGGACCUGCUGGCUGACAUUCAGCUUGCCAUCAGACUCCAGCAGCAGGGAAAAGACUGGAAACAAAAUGGCAUCACUGAGUCUGAAAAUAAACAGCGCUACUACGCCAAAUCGGAGCCAAUUACCAUGCUGGAGACGCCACGCUGUCAGUCGAAUGGCCUGAACACGCACUCUGAACUUAAGAGCAAUACAGAUGAAAAAAAAGAUGUUGAGAACAAGGGAGAGAUGGAGAAGUGGGAGGAGGAGAUUGUUAACGGCAAGAUCGGUGCUUCCGACUCGUCCCUUUGUGCUGCAAUCACCGUAGCAACUGGGACAAAGGAGCCGGAGGCAGCGUGUGACACAGCCCCCUCUGUUGCUGAGGAGACAGUCGGAAGGGUGUUGAGUUUAGUCACCAAGACAACAAGUGAGGCCAGUAUUCCAGACUUCACAGCUUCAUUUGAGAGCGCAGUAGAGGCCACUGAGGAAGCGGAAGAAGGCGAUCUUCAAGAUCUCCAAGAGGAAGACUCUAGUUCAGACACUAAACGACCAGAGGUUGGCGCUUCAUUAUCAUCUCUGGACCUAGAAUGUGCAGGCGCUGAGGUUUUGCUCGCUGAGACUACAGUAGAGGACACAAAAGUAGAUGAAGUGCCCAUUGCAAGGAGGAGGAAGAGUAGUAUAUCACUCCCACAAUGGCUCCAGCAGGAGAGUCCUGUAGCCACACGGCAUGUGAAGCCCAACAUCCCAACAAUCAGCAGUCCAGCAGUAAAACCCUACCCUCCCAUCCACCCAUCAUACAUCAAAACCACCACGCGCCAACUUAGCUCACCUGUUUCUUCUCCCGUACCCUCACCCUCACACAGCCCACUCUGCCCGCGCCGCUCCCAUGAGGCUCCGCCUACCACCAACACCAUCGCUGUCGCUCGGGCAGGACGACGGCACCCCAAACGGCAACGAUCUUACAGCAUCACUGGACCCAUCAGUCGCUCCGCAGACUGGACCGAAGAGCUUCGUCCCCUUCCAUCCAAAACCGGCUCGGAGGACUUCCUCGAGUAUGGCGGCUCAGAAGGGACGCUUCGGACAGGACAGACUACACUUGAGAUCGGGCGAAGGGCUUCAGCUGGACAAGUGUCUACGGGCAGCUUUCAGGAUGUGUUCACAGGACGUACUCUGUUGGAGAGGUUAUUCCAGCAGCAGGAGAAGUCUGAGUGUGAAGAAGAGGCAGAGAAGCUGUGUUCUCGAAUCCUGGCCAUGGGGCUCCUCCUGCCCUUCGGCGACUGUUUCGGAGAGCAGUACGAAGGCAGUACCACCCAAGACACCCCACAGUUCAGCCAAAAUCAGCUGUAUACCUGGGCUCCAGUGAGUCAGCCCCCUCUGUCACUGGAUCACUUUGAGGGGCAUUUACCAGGUCACAUCAAGUCCCUGUGGCCUCCACCUCGUCCCGAAACUGAUGAAAAACCCGGUCUGAAGUACACUGAGGCAGAACACCAAGCUGUUGUAUUGGGGCUGAAGAAACAAAAGCAGGAGGAAAUCCAGGAGAUUAAGGAAGAGUCCAUGCUGAACACUGUGCGCCUGAAGCAGGAGCACGUGACCGUGAUUCAGCAGCUGGAGCAGACGAUCGAGGACCUGCGCAGCAAGAUUGCCGAGUUGGAGAGGCAGCAACACCCCCUGCAGGACCAUGAUGUCAGUACACAGGAGCAGGAGUGUGGUGCAGACGAGUGUCUUUUUCCGGACGUGUGCCAUGUGGACCUACAGACGGAGACCUGUGCUCUCCUCGCGUUAGAGGCCAAAUCAGUGCAGACUUCUCCUACAUAUGAGAGCUUUACUUUCAAAGUGCCUUCUUCAGAGCAGGGCAGCUCUGAGCAUCCUCUGCCCACACGGAGUGAGCCGUUGUCGGGAGCGGCUUCAGAAUCUCAGCCAGCAGGGACUAGUUCUCCUAAAGCAGAACAAUUUGUGUGUACGUGCCAUCAGCAACAAUGGCCUCCACCUCCACCCCCAUUGCCUGGUUUAGCUGUCCUGCCUCCACCUCCCCCUGCACAAUCGGAGCUCUCUGUUCCCCAAUCCCUUUCUGCUAUGACACUACCUCCAGCACCACCACCACCUCCACCUUUACCUGGCCAAACUUUAUUAUAUCCACCACCACCACCUCCUCCUCCACUACCAGGAUCAGAUUUUGCACCUCCUCCACCUUUGCCUGGGCAAGCUGCAAUGCUGCCACCUCCUCCACCUUUACCUGGAACAUGUGCCCCGCCUCCUCCUCCACCUUUACCUGGAACAUGUGCCCCGCCUCCUCCUCCACCUUUACCUGGAACAUGUGCCCCGCCUCCUCCUCCACCUUUACCUGGAGCAGGUGCCCCGCCGCCUCCUCCACCUUUACCUGGAGCAGGUGCCCCGCCUCCUCCUCCACCUUUACCUGGAGCAGGUGCCCCGCCUCCUCCUCCACCUUUACCUGGAGCAGGUGCCCCGCCUCCUCCUCCACCUUUACCUGGAGCAGGUGCCCCACCUCCUCCUCCACCUCCUCCAGGAACUCCAGCUCCCCCACUGCCCCCAGGUGCCUGUAACCUCCCUCUCCCCAGCAGUUUGGGAUCUCUGCCUCCUCCGCUUCCUUUUGGACUGUAUGCUCUAGGUGCAGCCCAGGAGAAGUCUCCUCGAAAAGGACUGGUGGAGCCGCCACACCCAAUGAAGCCCCUCUACUGGACUCGCAUCCAACUCCAUGCCAGAAAAGAAGUGAACCCUCUGAUUUGGGAGAAGAUUGAAGAGCCCUCAGUGGAUUUUGAGGAGUUUGUGGACCUUUUCUCCAAAACUGCAGUGAAGGAAAAGAAAAAGCCCCUGUCGGACACCAUCACUAGGUCUAAGACCAAACAGGUCGUCAAGCUGUUAAACAAUAAGCGCUCUCAGGCCGUGGGGAUUCUCAUGUCCAGUCUCCACCUCGACAUGAAGGACAUCCAGCAUUCUGUACUGAACAUGGACAACACCGUGGUGGACCUCGAGACGUUACAAGCUCUGUAUGAGAACAGAGCACAGGCAGACGAGGUGGAGAAGAUCGAGAAGCACAUCAAAUCAACCAAGGAGAAGGAUGGAGCCAAACCUCUGGACAAACCUGAACAGUUCCUGCUCCAGCUCUCACAAAUUCCUGAGUUUUCAGGAAGGGUCUUCUGUAUCCUGUUUCAGUCCACGUUUUCCGAGUGCAUUUCCUCCAUCCAGCGCAAACUGGAAAUUCUGCAGAAAGGGUGUAAGACUCUGCAAAGUGGUUCUGGUGUGUUGCGGGUUCUGGGACUGGUUCUGGCUUUUGGAAACUACAUGAACGGAGGAAACCGAACCAGAGGACAAGCAGACGGGUUUGCGCUGGACAUCCUGCCCAAGCUCAAGGACGUCAAAAGCAGCGACAACAGCAGAAGUCUUCUGUCUUACAUUGUUGCUUACUACCUGCGACACUUUGAUGAGGACGCUGGCCGGGAGACUUGUGUGUAUCCUCUGCCUGAGCCACAUGACCUGUUCCAGGCGUCUCAGAUGAAGUUUGAGGAUUUUAAUAAAGAUCUUUUGAAGCUGCGAAAGGACCUACGAGCAUGCACUGCAGAAGUGGAGAAGGUCUGUAGUGUCUCCUCUGAAGAGCACCUGCAGCCCUUUAAGGAUGAAAUGGACCAGUUUCUGAGUCGAGCUAAACAAGAACUGGAGGCGCAGGAAACGCAGCAAAAAGAAACUCACAAAAUGUUCCUGGAGUUGACCGUGUCAUUCUCCGUGAAGCCCAAGAGUGGCGAGAAAGAGGUUUCGGCCCACACGUUCUUCUCCGUGUGGCACGAGUUCUCCACUGACUUCAAAGACCUGUGGAAGAAAGAGAACAAGCUAAUCUUGCAGGAAAGGUUAAAAGCAGCAGAGGAAUGUUUUAGACAAGCCAAGGAAAAAGCCACAUACAGUGUCAAACCCAAGCAUGCCUCUGGAAUAAAAGCGAAGCUGGGCAUGAAGAUCUAACAAGCUGGACUUUUUAAUCCUAAAAAUGAAAUAAACGUUCUUACAGAUCCGUUAAGAGGUAGAGUGCAUGGACUGCAGACACGGGCUAUAUUCUGUAUUAAAAUUUAAUCCAUCUGUAUCUCACACACACGCACACAAACAUCCUUGUGAGUAAUGUAGCAGCCCUCAAACAUUUAUCUGCAACAUGCAUACAGGAAGCGUGUCAUAUGCUCCCGUCCUUUCAGAGUGUGUGUUCGUGGGUGAAUCGCUGUGUAUGUAAACCGGAGGAAAAAGACAUGAAGUAUUUGCUACCAGUGAUGAAAACAAAAAGAAAUGAACCUUGAUAAAGGGGUGAUGUGUGUAAAUUUCCCUCAGCUUGUUUAAACUGCAGUAUUUUCUCUAAACCGAUCUUGCAUUGUCGUGGAUCACCAGCAGUAUGAUGACCCCCAAAAGCUCUGUUUUGUUUCUAGCCCAGUUUCACAGAUAAAAAAUGAAAGCAGUGAUUUUUCUGUCAUCAGUGUUAUGCUGUAAGAAAAAAAAUCAACACAGUUUAAGUACUUUACUGUGCUGAAGCUGUAUUUAGUUCCUUUAUCAAGAAUAAUGGCAACAGUAACUAGACGUUACAUGUCCGUACAAGUGGCUUAAACAGAGCUCCGAAAAGGACUGCACAGGAUCUGGGAGCUCAAACGAAUGGACACGCUAACGAAGACUAUCAGGAAGCAGUAGGACACCUGAGGGAUGCGUGUUCACGUGAACAAUAGCAAAGUCGGCCUUAGAGACGAUCAGGUACAUGCAUUGUUCUUCCUCCUUCAGCACCAGAGGUAUUACAAUUUCAGCUGAAGCCGUGGAGCUGUAUUCUGUCUGUGUUUAACCCACGCUACAGGAUCAUGGCAGAAAAAUGUUUAAUAGGGAUUACUUAUUUUUUAAAUGGCAACGUACAAGACUUGCUUAAAAUGUAUUUAAAAAUGCCAUUAUUUUAUCUAAUGUAAAGUAGUAUUAGCAUCUUUAUGUAAUAUAAAUCUUGUGUAUAAUUUUUAUAACUAUAUUUUUUCUGUCUCAGCAUGUAUGUGUUCAGUGUCGAUAUCACUCUGGUUCAGGAGAAAUGAAGGUCUGCACACGUGCAAUAACUAUCUUAUUGUUUGGGUAUUGUU